UACUUAGAUAUUUCGCUCAUUUACUUCAUUGUUUGAAAAGACGUUUGACUAUACACAUCUAGCGUUGGAGAUUUAUGAAAAGAACCUAUUGCGUAAUGGAGUUUGUUUUUCUGCUAGUUGUAAUUUUGGGAAUUUCGAUUAAAGACGGAAAAGCGUUUACUGUAGACAAAAGGUGUUACGCAUGCAUAUCAAACAUUACGGACUAUGCCUCAAAGGCAGACAUUGAGAAGAUGAUGAGAGAAGUUUCCUUAAUAAAGGAACAACUUAAACCAAAACCACAGGACUGUCGAGAUAUUCAAAAUGACGGCCAUCGUUCUACUGGCAUAUACACAAUUUAUCCACGUCAGAGGCCACGGGGAAUCCAAGUAAGAUGUGAUAUGGACACAACAUCUGGCGGAUGGACCGUUAUUCAAAGGAGGGUUUCAAAGAGUAAUUUCUAUAGGGACUGGAACGAUUAUGAAUCUGGCUUUGGUAGCCUAAACGGGAAUUUUUGGCUUGGGAACCUUUAUAUCCAUAUGCUUACAAGUACGGACCGUUACGAACUGCGUAUAGAUCUGACCACAGGUGGCAGUAACGUACCUAGGAUACAGUAUGGGUCCAUGAGCUGCAUAUGGCUCAUGGAUCCAUACUGUAUCCUAGGUACGUUACUGCCACCUGUGGAUCUGACCAGUAUUGAUAGAGAAACGGCGUAUGCUCACUACCGCGAAUUUUCGGUUAGCAAUGCAGAGUCCGGUUACAGGUUGUACGUUCGCGAGUAUAGAGGGAAUGCUGGUGACAGCCUGAUAUCAAAUGGAAAUGGAAUGAGGUUUUCUACAUACGACAGAGACAACGACAUCAGCAGCAGUAAUUGUGCGGUCUUAUAUCACGGUGCUUGGUGGUAUGAUAGUUGCCAUACUUCGAACCUAAAUGGAGACUAUGGUAACACCGACUAUGCCAAGGGUCCUGUCUGGUGGCCUUGGAAGAGAUAUUAUUCUCCAAUGAAAACUACUGAGAUGAAGAUUCGCCGGGUUGGAUAAUUAUUUUGACUUCUUUGACCGUGUUUUCAUAAUUUUCUCAUUUUCAGAGACAUAAAACAUAUACUAAGAGCAGAUAUUAUUAAGUUUAACUUCAUAUUGACAUAAUUAUGGGACAUAUGACGAAUUUUCAGUUUAUGGUGGUGGAGGAAGACCAAGUGUGCCCAUACGGGCAUAACUGACACUUGAUAAAAACACCGACCUUCCAUUAACCAGCUGAAUUGCUUCCUCACAUGAAAUAAUUCUACACACUGGUUUUGAACCCACAAGUAUCUAGUUAUAAAUUGACAGUGAAAUAUAAUUUAGGCAAAGAAAUAUGUUUCAUGUCUUAACAUUUUAUUAUUUGAAUAUAGACCGCACUUUGUUUCUACUGCGUAAGAUAGUUAUAGAUUGUGUAUCCUUUCGGUAGUUGCGUCUUAAACACAGUAUUGUUUGUAAGUCCAGACACUAUAUAAAUACUAAGCAGUAAUUGUUCAUAUUUUCAUUUUUUUCCAAAUUUUGUUGUAAUGUAUUUUAUUUGAUGUUUUUGUGUAAAACAUAUAUUGAAUGAAAUGUGAAUUUGUUUGCUGCAGAAUCCUAAUCAUAUUAAUGAAUGUGCCUUAUCUAUUUGUCUUCACUAAAAAUUUAACAAAGAAUAGUAAAUAUAAAGAAGUAUUGUUGCAAAAGUAAACUGGUAUUGUUGUAAAUGUAUGAAUGAUAAAGUAGUAGUAUUUUUUUUUUAUUUUAACAAAUAUAUGCAAACUUUUAUGCAUUGUUAGAAAGAACGAAAAGGGAAUGGUCGCCGACAAAAAAUUGAAACCUUUUAUACAAUUAUCAUAGAUUUACACACGAAAAUGUAUUUUUGAACAUCAGCAAAACAUAAAUGUAUUGUUCUCAUGAAAUUUAUCAGAUGUUUUUAUAUCAGUUUCAAAUGUUGCUGAAGUGUCAUGGGACUUUAAAAAAUGAAUUUAAUCUUAUAUGUCCUGACUGCUUAAGAAUUAAGUCAAACUUUGUCAUUUUAUGAUCAGACCGUUAUAGAGGUUAAUUUGAUUUGAAUAAGAAGAAUCGGCUUUAAUAUACAUGUAUAUAUAAGUAUUACGUUAAACUGACGAGUCGUCUGCGAUUGUAAAAUACUAAUAAGAACGUUAUAUUUAAUUUAUACUAUUUUAUACAAGUUAAAUAGUUUACCUCUAUAUAGACUGCGAAACAUAUUUUUUCUCUCUCUUGUUUUCGUCAUUAAAGUAUGUAGAAACAAGAGACACGUUAUUUUUUAACAGUCAUCACAAAAGAUCAUUUGGUUUAAACCAUAUUUAUUCAACAUAAUUGCAAUUGUUACAAUGUUACAUAUAUCAACGUUUGAGAAUUGAGUAGUAAGCUUAUGGCUUUUUUAGAAACUUUCUCUCUAAGAUCAUUUCUCUACUAAGUUCGGAAUAAACGCGUAUAAAAUUAUCAGUUAUGAAUCAUGCUUUGCUUGUAUACAGCUAUAGAUCUCUACCUCCAAAAGUUAUUCAACAAGUAUACUUCCUGUAUAAAUUUACAAAAACAGUAAUUUCUUUAAAGAGCCUACAUUUAAGUAUACAUCAUGUGUACUUACAGUUCUAGCAGGAUUUUUAAUACACUGUGUAGCUUAAUUUUUCUAAUAGUGUUCUUUGCAAAACUCUAUGGGUUGAUCAACAUUUUCUGUAAGAAGGAUGUUAAUGAAUAUAACAAAACAUAUUAUACAUUUUACCAAACGAAUGUUUUUCUUUAUUUUCAAAAUGUCUGAAGUUUUGAAUUUCUCUAAAAAGCGAUUUUGAUUGUUCAGUGUUUUCCCUGAUACAUUACAGCCAUUUUUAACACCAGUAUUUUUUUUAAAGUCAAGUUUGACUUUAUUUCCGACUGGACGGUUAUAAUGCUGUAAGGAUAGUACAAAAGCAACAGUUCCAUAUAAAAAAGAGUUGCCUUAUUUUCAUAUACAUGUAGAGAAAUACACUUUUUUUGCCAUAAAAUUGACACUUUUAAAUAACCUUACAAAUUCAAAAAGAAUGUACGACCAUCCUCAGAGAAUGAUACGUUUUAUCUUAAUCUUGCAUACAGGGAAAAACUGAGUUACAGAUUACGUGGAUCAAAGGGUAGAUGUUAAGUAUUCUCCUUCUUAUAAAUUGUUUAUGUUCAGUACUAUGAUGUAAACUCAAAGGAUAAAACACGUGCUUAAUAUACAUAUUAAAGACGUUUAACUCA